GGCGGCUAGUACCUGUUCCAAUCGGCCUCUGCGGCAAAAAUUAGCCGCGCGGGCUAAAUAAGACAGCCAAAAACACGUAAGCACGCUGCGUCAUGUCAGUUACAACCAGCCUUGUGCGUCCUCGCGGACCACGAGCCAACGCGGCGUGCCGUGGCCUCAUAACAGAGAUCACGGCGAUUUCGGCCGCCCCGGCUAUCCUCGCGGAUACCGGCGGCGCGGCGCUUCGAUAGCGCUGCCGAAGGGCUCUCGCAGCGCGUGGGAAGCCGCGGAAGCUCUAGGAACACGCCUCAAGCCCGUUAAGGGGGAGAGUGCGCUCGGACGAGCCCCGCAGCGCUCCCCAGCGAGACUCCGGCUGCUGCGCGGCGGCCCCGCGGUCCCGCACAGCACCGUUAGCCCGACGGAGGCCCCAGUAGCUGCGCGGCGGCCCCGCGGCCCCGCGAGCACACGGUAGCCCGACGCACGCCUGGCACGGGCUCCCCGCAUUUUUUUUCCUUACUUCGCAUGAAAUAAUUUAUCGAGACGGCGGCGGCGAGAUGCGACGGAGCUCUCCGAACCAGCACGGCGGCUGAUGAAGGAGGUGGCUGCCGAUGGGCUUCUGCGACCCGCUUGUCAAGGAUGUUGCGCUCUCUCGCACGACCCUCCCCCAAGAUCAAUUGUCAUCCCCCCCCGUAACACACAGAUAUAAAUCAUGGCCGACGCCGCCGACGACGACCUCGUGGACUACGACGACGACGACGUCGUCGACCAGACGGCUGCCGACGACAAGGACGCGAAGAAGGGCCACUACGUCGGCAUCCACGCUUCUGGGUUCAGAGAUUUUAUCUUGAAACCCGAAUGCCUCCGCGCGGUCGUCGACUGCGGCUUCGAGCACCCGUCCGAGGUCCAGCACGAGUGCAUCCCGCAAGCCGUGCUCGGCAUGGACAUCAUCUGCCAGGCCAAGUCGGGCAUGGGCAAGACCGCGGUCUUCGUGUUGGCUACGCUCCACCAGCUCGAGCCGGUCGAUGGUGAGGUCUCCGUCUUGGUCCUGUGCCACACGCGCGAGCUCGCCUUCCAGAUCAAGAACGAGUACGCGCGUUUUAGCAAGUACCUCCCGUCCGUGAAGGUCGACGUCUUCUACGGCGGCGUGCCGAUCUCGGCGAACAAAAAGGCCCUCAAGGAGGCCACGCCGCACAUCGUCGUCGGCACGCCCGGCCGGCUCAAGGCCCUCAUCGGCUCGAAGGACCUCAACCUCAGCAAGCUCAAGCACUUCGUCAUGGACGAGUGCGACCGCCUCCUGGAAGCCCUCGACAUGCGCCGCGACAUCCAGGAGAUUUUUAGGACGACGCCGCACCAGAAGCAGGUCAUGAUGUUCUCCGCAACUUUGGCGAAGGAAAUUAGACCCGUCUGCAAGAAGUUCUGCCAGGAUCCCAUGGAGAUCUACGUCGACGACGACACGAAAUUAACUUUACACGGCCUCCAGCAGUACUACGUCAAGUUGCAAGAGGCCGAGAAGAACCGCAAGCUCAAUGAUCUCUUGGAUGCCUUGGACUUCAACCAGGUCGUGAUCUUCGUCAGCAAGGUCGCGCGGGCGACGGAGCUGGACCGCCUGCUCACGGAGUGCAACUUCCCGUCCGUGUGCAUCCACUCGGGCAUGGGCCAGGAGGAACGUAUUUCCAGAUACAAGGACUUCAAGGACUUCAAGAAGCGCAUCCUCGUGUCGACGGACCUCUUCGGCCGCGGGAUUGACAUCGAGCGCGUCAACAUCGUCGUGAACUACGACUUCCCCGAGGUCAAGGAGGGCAACGCUCCCACCGUGGCGUCGGAUCAAUAUCUCCACAGAGUUGGCCGCGCGGGCCGCUUCGGCACGAAGGGCCUCGCGAUCAGCUUCAUCUCGUCCAAGGAGGACGCCGACAUCCUGGCGCAGGUCCAGUCGCGCUUCGAGGUCGACGUGUCCGAGCUGCCGGACCAGAUCGACAUCUCCUCGUACAUGAACUCCUAGACGUGAACCCGCCUCCCUCCUCCGGCACUAAGACGCCUGGGUUCCA